AAAUAUUUUUAUCACAUUUUGUUGUAAAUAUAUUUUAUUUGUACUUAUUGUAAGGCUUUAAGCUUAUAAUGAGUCUAUAACAGAGAAGCGCUGUAAACAUUUUAUCCUUACGAGAAAUAUAACAUUACCGUUAUUUCCAGAGGACUAGGUGAACUUGUAUUCACAGAGUACUUUGACUUGUAUUGCGGCUUGAUAAACCGCAAGCAAUAUGAAGCUACAAUUAGUGUUGAUUUACUUCUUAGUUUCAAUUUGCUUUCAAGUUAACAGCCAAGACUUACAGAGUGUUAGCGACGAUGACUUACUACAAUUAAUAAAAGAGGAAGAAAAGUUAAUCGUCCUGUUUACAAAACCAAACUGUGAAACCUGCAAUAAAUUUGAACUGCAUCUGGAUAGCUUAUACGAAGACUUAAAAAAACACCUGAAUAGCAUAACAGUAAAGGCAGAAAGUAGUCACUUGGCGAGGCUGUACAGCCCAACUAAGGAACCAGCCAUUGUGUUCUUUAGACAUGGAGUACCUGUGCUUUAUAGUGGUGACACAGAUGAAAAUGAAAUUUAUAGUUUCAUUGAAAACAAUCAAUCACCAGCAGUGAAAGAAUUGAAUGACAAUAUAUUUGAGCAUAUGACUCAGGCAGCCACUGGAGCUACCACAGGGGACUGGUUUGUUAUGUUUUACGGUGCAUCUUGUAUUGAGUGUCAGAGGCUACAUGCAGUUUGGGAAGGCGUUGGUGCAAUAUUGAGAGGCCGCAUCAAUGUGGCAAGAAUAGAUUCAAAUCUUGCUGGUUUGAACACUGCAAAGAGAUUUAAAGUUACCAAUUUGCCUGCUUUCUUGCUAUUCCGUUUGGGAAAAGUGUAUAGGUACAACUUACCUAAAAAUGAUAUUAAAUCAUUUGUUAGUUUUGCUCAAGACUGGUACAGGAAUGCAAAGUCUGAAACUGUUCCACUGCUGUCAUCACCUUUUGAUGAAGUAGUCAAUCUGUGUGUUGAAUGGAUAAAGUUUGGUGUCAAUAUUGCAACAGAACUACUGAUAAAAUAUCCGUGGAUAUGGCAGAUUGGUGUAGCUGGUUUUGGACUAGUCGCUCUCACUGCUAUUAUUGCACUAUGUAAGGCGAGAAAAUCAAAACCAAGAGAUACUAAAAAAGAAAAGAAGAGCAAGUAGGUACUGAUAAUAUUUUUUAAGA